AUGGCUGCGAUCGUGCUUCCUGCCGCCAGAAGGCAUACCUCUACUGUCAUUGUCAUGCAUGGUUUGGGUGACAGUGGCCACGGAUGGUCGUUCCUUGCCGAUAUGUGGAAGGGCAAAUUCGAAGAGACCUCUUUCAUCUUCCCCCAUGCACCCGAGAUCCCUAUCUCUGUGAACAUGGGAAUGAGAAUGCCUGGUUGGUACGACAUUAUGUCUUUUGACGACAUUCAACAAAACGAAGACGAGGCUGGCAUUACCCGUUCACAAGCGUACAUCCACUCUCUGAUCGCCAAGGAGAUUGAGAAGGGCAUCCCUUCCGAGCGCAUCGUCCUCGGUGGUUUCUCUCAGGGUGGUGCCAUGAGUCUUAUGUCAGGCGUCACUGCUCCUACACGGUUGGGUGGCAUCUUUGGUCUCAGCUGCUACUUGCUUCUUCGUGGCAAGCUUAGAGACAUGAUCCCCAGCGAGAACCCAAACAAGCAAACACCCAUCUUCAUGGGCCAUGGAGAUGUUGAUCCGGUUGUUCAAUAUGCUUGGGGUCAGGCCACUGCUAAGACUCUUCAAGAAUGGGGCUGGAACGUCGAUUUCAAGACGUACAAGGGUCUUCCUCACUCAGCUGCUCCGCAAGAGAUUAACGAUCUGGAGCGCUACAUCAAAGAAAGAGUCCCUGAUCUUGGUGACAAGCCUCUUCCCUCCAAGGCCUGA